CUCGAUCGGUCUCUCUCCAUUAUAUAUUCCCUGCACAUCCAUCCAUCGCUACACAGCACAGGACGUUACUGCAGCGCCGGCCGGCGGCGGCGGUUACGUUACGUGCAACAACGAUCGUCGGAGAUGGAGGUGGCGGCGGCGUCGAUGGCGGCGGGCCUGUGCUGCGCGGGGGCGUGCGCCCUGGCGCUGUACCUGUACCACGUCCUGUGGGUGGCGCCGGAGCGGGUGCGCGCCGCGCUGCGGGGGCAGGGCGUCGGCGGGCCGCGCCCCUCCUUCCCCUACGGCAACCGCCACGAGAUGAGGCAGCUCAUGUCCGACGCGGCGGCGGCUUCCCUGCGCGGCGGCGGCGGCGGCAUCGUGCACGACUACCGCUCGGCCUUGUUCCCCCACUACGAGAGGUGGAGGAACGAGUACGGCCCGAUCUUCACCUACUCGAUCGGGAACAUGGUGUUCCUGCACGCCAGCCGGGCGGACGUGGUGCGGGACCUCGGCCUCUGCGUGUCGCCAUCGGACCUCGGCAAGAGCUCCUACAUGAAGGUCACGCACCGCCCGCUCUUCGGCGACGGCAUCCUCAAGUCCAGCGGCGAGGCCUGGGCCUACCAGCGGAGGCUCAUCGCGCCCGAGUUCUUCCCCGACAAGGUCCGGGGCAUGGUGGACCUCAUGGUCGCCUCGGCAACGGCACUGGUGGCAGCGUGGGAGGAUAGGAUGCUCAGCGAUGACAACAGAGGCGGCGGCGGCGGCUUGGAGCUCAAGAUCGACGACGACAUCAGGGCCUACUCCGCCGACGUGAUCUCCAGGACGUGCUUCGGGAGCAGCUACGUCAAAGGGAAGGAGAUCUUCGCGUUGAUCAGGGAGCUGCAGAAGACGGUGUCGUCCAAGCAGCCCAACCUGGUGGCCGAGAUGACCGGCCUCAGUUUGAGGACCAACCGCGCGGCGUGGAGGCUCAACCGGCAGGUGCGCAGCCUCAUCCUGGGCGUCGAGAGAGAGAGCGGGGACGGCGACAGGAACCUGCUCAAAGCCAUGCUCCGCAGCGCGGCGAGCUCCGGCGGCGGCGCCGUGGCGGCCGAGGACUUGAUCGUGGACAACUGCAAGAACAUCUACUUCGCCGGGUACGAGACCACGGCGGUGACCGCCGCCUGGUGCAUGAUGCUCCUGGCGCUGCACCCGGAGUGGCAGGCCCGGGUGCGGGACGAGGUGCGCCAGGCGUGCGCCGGCGCACCGGACUUCACGCCGUCCCUGCAGAAGAUGAAGAAGCUGGCGAUGGUGAUCCAGGAGACGCUGCGGCUGUACCCGGCCGGCUCGGUGGUGUCGCGGCAGGCGCUCCGCGGCGUCACCCUCGGCGGCGUGCGCGUGCCGGCGGGCGUCAACAUCUACGUGCCCGUCUCGACGGUGCACCUGGACCCGGCGCUCUGGGGCGCCGACGCGCGGGAGUUCCGCCCUGAGCGCUUCGCGGCCGCGCCGCCGCCGCACGCCUACCUCCCCUUCGGCGCCGGCGCGCGCACCUGCCUCGGCCAGGGCUUCGCCAUGGCCGAGCUCAAGGUCCUGCUGGCGCUCGUGCUCUCCAGGUUCCACCUCAGCCUGUCGCCGACCUACGUGCACUCGCCGGCGCUCAGGCUCAUCGUCGAGCCGGAGCACGGCGUGCGGCUCCAGCUCAGGAGCGUCGUCGAGCCCGGGCGCCGCUAGCUCGUCGGCUCGUCGCGAUGCGAUAUAGAUGAUGGGCCGGACCUCCCUCGUUUCUUCAAGGCCUCAUUGUUGCAGUGGAUAUUUCGGCCCAACUUAUUUAUAACAUGCCCUGAACUUAUUUACGUACUAGUACUAGUAGGAGGUUUUCAAGCUAUCAGUACGUGUCUCGUUCAGUCUUCAAAUACAAUCAACGUGGCGCACGCAAGUCCUUGCUGCAAUACUGUAAGCAACCACAAGCCACAAAAGCUGAUAGCAGCGUAUGUAUUCUGGCUUCUGAAUCAGCACUUUGUGUUGUCCA